AUGGCGGCUGCUUCAGCGACGAAGGCCUCGCAACGGAGCCGGGCGCCUUUUGUCAACCUCUUCGACCUGCCGGAGCUGAUGCCGGGAGCGCAGCCUUCCGCCAAUCCUGCGCAGCGCGAAGAGUUCGAGAACCGUUGCCGCCAGCUGCAUCGGGACGAGGAGCAAGAGCGACAGGACCGACUGGAGAAGGCCUACGAGCAACGUGCUGCCGCUGCACCCGACCUCACUUCCACCAGUGAACUGGAGGCCAUGUUUCCGACGUUGGACGCGGAGCUCGUUCGCUCAAUCCACGCAGAGGCUCAGACGCCCCAGGAUGCCGUGGAUACACUCUUGGCCCUCACCCUUGCCGCCGAGCCUCUCGAGGCACUGCCUACCUUGCCUCCGCGGGAAGUUGGCAUGGAUGAUCACGACAAGUUCCCAGCCCUAACAGACGCAGAGGGCUGGCAGGUUGCCAAUCAAAAGCUGUUUGAUCGAGACCCGGAGGAGGACCUUGGCUCUGCUUGGCGAGACCGUGCGAAGGCCGCGCAGGAUAUGCCCGCCCCGAAGGCUGCCGUGGCGCCUGCAAAGCCGCGCUCGGGCCCUGCAAAGGCCAAGAAGGAGGGCGCCACGGAUGAGAAGGUGGAAGACGAAGAGGUGGACGAGUUCUUAACCGACUACGACUUCCGUCACAGGGUUGGCCAGCAGCGAGCGAAGCACCGAGCCAGGUAUGGUCGUGGCUCUGGACGUGGCGCAGCCAGCGCGCGCAACCCGUCUGGCGACGUGGAGGAAGAUGAGGAGGAGGCCCCGACGGCCCAACACAGCCAGCUGCUCGCAUUCUUCCGGCUUCGGCGCAAGAGCCACUGCCCGCCGUGGGAUCCAUCCUCAAAGUCUUACGUCUCAGCGGUGAUCGCCCCACUCUCCUGGGCAGGAGAUCCUGACGAGACAGGUACGGACAAGAACAACUGCUUUAGGACUUGGGGACAUGGGGGACGCAUUGAGGGGCUCCGUUGCCGGUUCUUCUUUUCCAAUCUCAGUUGUACAGAUGCGCAGCGCCACCUUUGCAGGGUUGGCACUUGGUACAGCGGACUUAGUGUGCAGAGAGCCGUAAAAUGUUGCACAGUGGUCGUUGAGCUGUCCUGGGACAUCCCAUCGCAGAAUGUGGUGCUCGUGGACCAGUGGCUGAACACCGCCAGUGCGGCGAGCCACAAGUUUCUCAAGGAGUUUGCUCCGAAGCGAGCAGCGCUGAACGAGUACCUGCAAUUUGUUCCUCACUAUCACGUCUUCAGCCUCGAGGGGAAGGACUACAAAGAUCUUUGCAGCGAUUCGACUGGAAAGUAUUGUGCUGACGAUCCAGAUGGAGGUGGUGAGAUCACUGGCAAACAGGUCCUGCACGAGGCCGUCCGACAGCUGUGCAUCCACGAGAUCACAGUGGUUCCGACCGGAGAGAGGAUAGCACAGAAGUGGCACAUGAGACAGGCGAAAUUCUCCACCGAGUGGUGGGAUUAUGUGUCCAAAUAUUUGGACGAGUGCCCAGCAACCGGCAGCGACGACCCUCUCCACACUUUUGGCGAGAAGUGCUCGGAGCGCUUGAUGCACCAGGUUGGGCUCGAUGUGGAAAAGGUCGAGGAGUGCAUAAGGAACACGAAGGAAGACAAGCUGGCGUAUCAACGGGAGAACAGCGCGUGGUCUUCCGACGCCUUGCGCAUCAAUGGUUGGAGGUACAGUGGCACGAUGGAUGCCGAUUUGGUCACGAAGGCGAUUUGUGCCGGAUUUGUCUCGACUCCCGAGCCGUGCACGAGACUGACGACGCCAGCAAACCCCUUCAACCUCGACGGAGUUGUGCCAAUGCCCGCGGCGAGCGGCGUGUCUAACUCGCAAGUGAUGGAGGUGUUUAUCGUUCUUGCUCUGGUGGCCGUCGGCUUCAUGUACUUCUACAAGCGAUCUAUGACGCGGAACAUCCACACAGCGCUCCGCGAGGAG